AUGAAGGCAGACCCCGCCAAGGCGGCCGACAAGAUGCUGCGCACCCCCAACUGCUCGCGGUGCCGCAACCACGGCUACCUGGUGGCAGUCAAGGGCCAUGCCGGCAAAUGUCGCUGGAAGCAGUGCAACUGCGAGAAGUGCUUCCUCAUCACCGAACGCCAGAAGAUCAUGGCCGCGCAGAAGAUGCUCAAGAAGCAGGCCUCCGAGGAGGACCGGGAGCUGGCCUCCAGGGCCGCGGCCAUCGGCCCGGCCUCCAGCCUGCGCCCGCUGCCUCCGCUCACCGCUGCUGGCGACCCGGAGCCGGGCCCCGAGGGCCGCGUGGCCGCCUACCUGCUGGAGAGGCCCCCGUGCGGCCCCAGCCCGGGCCCCAGUGCCUUCCAGCCGGUCCUGGGCGGCCGCGGCCACAUGGGCCCGAGUGACCGGGCGGCCGUGGCCAGGCCCAGCUCCGUGAGGCCCCUGCUCGGGCCGGAGGCCGCCGCGGGCCAGGGAGGCGCGGGUCCCCAGGAGCCGAGCCGGCCUCUGCAGCCCGUGCCCAUGCCGCCGCCGCCGCCGCCGCCGUUCGCCUUCGGGCUCUCUGUGAGCAUCAACUCGGAUGCUAUGGUGCGGUCUGAGUACCUGGAGAGAGAGCCUGCCAAGCUGUAUCCCAGCUGCCCCGGCAUGUUCUCCUACCGCCCAUUCCCGAUGGGCUACCAGGACCCACCCCCAGGCCUGGGGAUCUCCGUGCAGCAGGGCUUCCGGCACGUGUCCUUCAGCCACUACCACGGAGGAGGCUCGGUGCCGGAGCCAGUGGACAACUUCCAGCCGAGCUACCCCCCGCUGCCACCACCACUGCCACCGCCGCGCCCACUCCUGCCGCCACCAUCACCCCUGCUGCCGCCGCUGCCGCCGCCGCCGCCGCUGCUGCCGCCCCCGCCGCCGCCGCCCCCGCCGCCGCCGCUGUCGCCCCCGCCCCCGUUCCUCCCGCCAGGCUUCCUCGCCGGCAUCCAUCUCCUCCCGCCGCCUCCGCCGCCUCCGCCACCAGCGACUUUCUCCCUGACCGUCCUGUCUGAGGGGGAGCAGGAGGCCGUGGAUGACCAGGCUGAAGGGGUGCCACCUGAGCCCAGCCAGCCAUCAUCUCAGGAGCAGUCCGACUAG